CUCCCCAGCGCGCCAGCCCGACUUGCUUCUCCAUGAUCCGAGCGCUCGUCCGGAAGCCGUGGAGGCAAAGGACGCGCAGCGGCCGAUCGCUUGCUCCCGCCAUAGCCACGGAAUAUACUAAGAUAUCUAUUUGCUCAAGAGCCCCAAAAUGUAAAGCUUGGUCAAAUCUAUCUUGGCCUGUGAUUUUCUUUUUCCUGCUUUCCAUGGAUCGAGUGGCAAUUGAUGGCGGCCUUUUCCAAGCUUUGUCUCCAGCAAAAAUCAGCGUCCUGGAAGAAGGUGGAGGCUUGAGCCUUUGGGUUUUUGGUGUUCUUGUCACUCUCAAAGUUCUAGCGAACGAGACCACCGCAAGCUCCUAUGCCUUGUUCGAGGAUUUGGUUCCCCCGGGAGCUGGGCCUCCCCUCCACAUCCACACCCGGGAGGACGAGAGCUGGUAUGUUCUUGAUGGAGAGCUAACUUGGACAAUUGGGGUGGAGCGUUUCCACGCCAAGCGCGGCUCCUUUGCUCAUCUCCCCCGCCUUGUGCCUCAUACUUUCGCCAACGAGCUUGACAAGCCUGCCCGGAUGCUUGUGACUUACGCCCCUGGCGGAUUUGAGCAGUGGUUUCUUGACGUUGGCACAGCUGCUAGCUCCGGCAGUGGACUCGAGAUGUCGCCACCGCUCGAGACGAUUGAAGAGAGGAAGAGAGGCGUGGAGCUGAUGAAAGCCUAUGGGAUCCUUUUUCCAAACGUUCCAAGUCAAUCUUGAUUCUAAAUUGUGCACCAUGGAACAAAAAGCCAUUCCCCAAAAAGUUCUACA